AUGAAGGCAACUGUCAUUGCGGUCAAAUCAGAUUUGAUCUGGAUCUACACCAACCCCCUGCGGCAUGUUUUCACCUGCCCUUGCUCGAUGUGUAGCAAGAAGGGCUAUCUCUGGGUAUUUCCCGAGGAAUCUCAGUUCCGGAUUACAAUCGGACAGCAAGCUAUGGCCAAAUACAGUGUGGAUGGUCUAAGUGGAGAUCAUUAUUUUUGUCCUACGUGCGGGACAGUAAACAUGGCUCAGAACCAUAUGAUUGAAAAGGGAGGCCCGAGCAUUGCUGUCAAUAUUUCUUCUCUGACAUAA